AAAAGUCCACCUUACAAUAAAAAAAUAGUAAUACCGUGUCAAAUAUGGCGCGUACGCCGCAGAGUCGCUGAAUUUUUCUGCCUUCACUCAUCUUAUUCUGAAUGGUCAACUCUGAUUUGUAUUCGUUAGCAAACAGCCAUAAAUUUAAAAAUGCUAUAUUUGUCUACAGCACAUCCAGCUGGCUGGAUCAAAUUAGUGCAAUGAGGUGCGUGGUUCAAAUCCUGUAAAGGCCCUUCUUUCAGUUUCUUUGCAAAAUGAUAUGCCCAGGAUGAAAAUGAGUAUGAAUUUUGCAAUCUGUAAUGUUUAAUUGUUAUUUUGGAUUGCUAGCAAGAGAGGCUUUGAUCUUUGUUAUAGGACGGAAAACUUUAGCUUCAAAAUUGUGGAAUUUGAAGUGCUAGCAGGGAAAGCUUUGAUCUUGUGAAAAUACGGGAAGCUUCGGAUCUAAGAUUGUUGAAUUUGAAUUGCUUAGAGUGAAAGCCACUGAUAUUUGUUGAAAGAUUAAAUAUCUUUAGGUUAAGGAUCCGAUCUUUUUGUUUGAAUUACGCAAUCUUAGAUUGUUGAAAUUGAAUUGCUAGCAGGAGAGGCUUACGAUCUUUGUCAGAUAACUGUUUAUUUCUGGCUACGAUUUGCUUUAAAGUCAGAUAAUUUCUUUGCCAGGAUGAGAGGCUUUUGUUUUUAAUGUUGUGGAGUACUUUCACUGGUGGUGAUUUCAGGAGCUUUUGAUGGUUUAAAGCAGCUGUAUCUGGAAGAGUUUGAAAACUUUGGACUAUAAGGGUAUUUUACUACGUGUUCUAAAUCUAUUGACAAAAUGAAUGAUCUUCUCUCAAGAUCCUUCAAACGAUAUGGAAAUCUUAGGGAAGAGGCUAUGAAUGAUUUGGAGAGUGGGCAUGAUGUGGAAAUGAUAAGUAUCAACACUGAAAAAAACCUAGGUAAAUUCUUUGAUGAAAUUGGCGAUGUGAAAAAUGAUAUGGAUUUGGUAGAAGGACUGCUGAAGAAGCUGCAAGAUGCAAAUGAAGAAAGCAAAACCAUCCACAAUGCUAAAACUAUGAAAAAUUUGAGAGAUAGAAUGGAUAAAGAUAUUGAAAUAGUUCUCAAAAAGUCUAAGCUGAUUAAAGGAAAACUUGAAGCUCUUGAUAAUGCCAAUAUUGCAAACCAUAAAUUGCCUGGGUGUGGGCGGGGGACUCCCACAGAUCGAACCCGUACCUCAGUUGUGAAUGGGCUGAGAAAGAAAUUGAAGGAUUUGAUGGGAGAUUUCCAGGUUUUGAGACAAAAGAUCAUGGGAGAAUAUAGAGAAACGAUUGAAAGAAGAUACUAUACUGUCACAGGUGAGCAUGCAGAUGAAGAGACCAUAGAAAACAUUAUACAAACAGGGGAUAGUGAAAACUUUCUUCAGAAGGCCAUCCAAGAACAAGGCCGUGGCCAUGUUCUUGAUACCGUACAUGAGAUUCGAGAGCGCCAUGAUGCUGCCAUGGAGCUUGAGCGGAAUUUACUUGAUUUGCAUCAGAUAUUUCUGGAUAUGGCUGUUCUAGUUGAAGCCCAAGGAGAGCAACUCAAUGAUAUUGAACAUCAUGUUACUAAUGCUGCUUCUUUUGUUAACCAUGGAGCUCAGCAGCUUCAAGUUGCUAAGAAGCAUCAAAGAAGUUCAAGGAAAUGUAUGUGUAUAGGCAUUAUUUUGCUUCUGAUUAUUAUUCUGAUUAUUGUUGUUCCUAUUGUAGCUAGCAUGAAAAAGAAGAAGUAACAUUUUUUUCAAAAUGGGGAGCAUAUCCUUCUCACAGAAAUUCGGCCUCAGCUACAUGAUUUUAACUCCAGGCUGUAUUCAUACAGAUUAUAUCCAAGUGGUAGGUCUCGGAAAGUGCAGACUAGUUCCAUUUAGUAGUGAUCAAUUGAUUGAAGGAUUUCUGGGUUUGAAUAUCUGUUUUCUUCUUGUUUUUUUCUUCGAUGCAAUCCCUGAAAAUGUAAUACUGUGUUGAAUUUGGUUUGAGAGUGACAAAUUACAGCAGAGAUGGACUCCUGUUUGAUGUUCAGUUUAUAAUUUAUAUAUUUGUUCUCUGGUCUGUUCAAUUUUUUUAGAAUAAA